AUACAUACAUUUAGACUUUUGUCUUUAUUUGGCAACUUUCCGGUAUGAUUUUUUUAGAUCAAAGCUUUGAAGUGAAACCACAGAGGUCGCCUAGCUUGGAAUGAGGGAUGCUACCGGCGUUUGAUUACUUAAUUGUCACAAACUAAAGGCUGAAGACACCAAAAAAGCUGACUGAUUUGGUGUGGCAAUGGUGCAGAGAUCAGUGAGAGCGUACCAUCUGCUAGGAGAGUACACACUCGAUCAACAUCAAUAAAUGAUUAUCGUUCCUCUGCCAGAAUCCACCUGGAACUAUGAGAACAGCUGUACACCUUGUAGAAGAGAGAAAAAGAGGUAAUUAGACCUUUUGGUUGAAGAUACCUCCUCAUACUAAGCAAAGGAGUGCAUCCACAAGGGGAAGCUAUUUCCAAAAGGAUGUCUUUAAGGUGCCCUCAACCUUGGCACUUCCUCUUUGCUGAUGUCGAAGAGAGCAAUAGAAGCCAAGCUGACCCUGGAACAGGACCAGACUCAGAUGAACUGGAAUGGGAUGGCUUUAGCACCACAAUGGAGAACAGAAUAGAGCGAGAAACAGCCCAGGUGUCGGAACAACGCUGUCUCCAGCUGGAAAAGACCCAACGUGAGCUGGAGCGACAACUAUCGGGCCUGUCGGACCGUCUGGAGGAGGGGGAGUCUCGCUCAACUCAGCUGACCCGUCACAGAGACAAGCUGGAGGCAGAGUGUAACAACCUCAGGCAAGACCUGGACCAACUGGAGGGUGCCCUUAACGCAUCUGAGCAGGAUAGACAGCAAGCGAUGGAGGAUCUACAUAGUGAAGAGGAGAAGGUGAACCAGUUAACUGAAGAGAAAACCCAACUACAGAUGCAAAUAGAAGAUCUGGAGUAUGAGCUGGAAAUGGAGCGUUGUCAGCGUGAAGAGCUGGAGAAAAACAACAGGAAGGAGGAGGGUGACAGCGCAAGUACUCUGGACAAUCUGGAAGAAGUGGAGAAAAUAAAGAGUAGUCUGGAAGAGAUCAUCAAAAGGAAGGAUGAAGAGAUAAGCAGGAUCCUCUCCAAUCUCGAAGCUGAAGAAGAACUCAGUAAUGGACUGCAGAAGAAGAGCCGAGAACUGCAGGCCCGCAUUGAGGAGCUGGAAGAGGAGCUUGAAGCUGAGCGUGCCAUCCGAGCGAAGGUGGAGAAGCAGAGAGCAGAUCUAAGCAGAGAACUAGAAGAUCUCACAGAUCGACUGGAGGAAGCAGGAGGGUUCUCAACCUCUCAGAUGGAGGUGAACAGGAAGAGAGAAGCAGAGCUCCAGCGUCUGAGGCGAGACCUGGAGGAGUCAACGGUCCAGUCCGAGACGCUGGCCGCCACGUUGAGAAAGCGUCACGGGGACGUCAUGGCAGAGCUCAGUGAACAGUGUGAGGCUCUGCAGCGGGCCAGGGCCAAGUUGGAAAAAGAGAAGCAAAACCUGAGGAUGGAAGUAGACGACCUCUCCACUUCACUAGACAGUCUGCAGAAAGCCAAGAUGUCCUCAGAUGGCCAGAUGAAGAAAUUGGAAGAGCAGCUCUCUGAGUCUAACCGGAGAGGAGAUGACCUGCAGCGGACUCUCACUGAGCUCACUGUGAUCAAGAACAGACUCACAGCUGACAAUACAGACAUGAGUCGCCGGUUGGAGGAGGCCGAGAGCAGAUCGAGCCAGCUCAGCCGCACCAAGACUCUCCUCCUAUCUCAACUGGAGGAAUUGAAGAAGCAGCUGGAGGAGGAGGUCAAAUGUAAGCAGGCAGUCGGCGGAAGUCUGAGCUCAAUGCGGCAGGAGUGUGAGGUGCUCAAGGAGCAGCUGGAGGAAGAGCAGGAGAGCAAGCAGGAGCUGCAGAGGCUCAUCUCCAAGCUCAACAGUGAGGUGACACACUGGAGGACGAAACACGAGGCGGAUGCCAUCCAAAAUGCUGACGAGCUGGAGGAAACCAAAAAGAAGCUCGUGUUGAGGCUGCAAGAGGCCGAGGAAGCAGUGGAAGCUACACAGGCUAAGUGCUCUUCUCUGGAGAAAACCAAACAGAGGCUCCAGGGAGAGGUGGAGGAGCUGUGCGUCGACCUGGAGAAGGCUUGUAACUGUGGACAAGCUCUUGAUAAGAAACAGCGGGUGCUGGAGAAGCAGCUGAGCGACUGGAAACAGAAGUGUGAGGAACUGGUAGCCGAGGUUGAGAGCUGCCAGAAGGAGAGUAGACAACAUGCUGACGAGCUUUUUAAAGUCAAGACGGUGCACGAAGAGUCUCUGGAGCAGCUGGAGGCUCUUCGAAGGGAGAACAAGGCUCACAAAGAAGAGAUUAUCGACCUCACAGACCAGCUCUCAGAUGGAGGCAAGAAUGUCCAUGAACUGCAGAAAGCAAAGAAGAAGAUCGAGAUGGAAAAAGAGGAGUUACAAGCUUCAUUGGAGGAGUCAGAAGCAGCUUUAGAGGCGGAAGAAACCAAGCUGCUGAGGCUGCAGCUGGAGUUGUCUCAAAUUAAAGGAGAUCUUGAGCGCAGACUUCAAGAGAAAGAAGAAGAGGCUGAAGCUGCUCGAAAAAGCCAUCAGAGGGCGUUGGAGUCCCUACAGGCCACUCUGGAUGUGGAGAUCAAAGGUCGAACGGAGGGACUGAAGCUCAGGAAGAAACUGGAGGCUGAUCUCGCCGAACUGGAGCUUCAAGUGGAACUACUUACCAAGAGCAACAAUGAGUUCAGCAAGAGCAGCAAAAAGAGUCAGCAGCAGAUCAAGGAUAUGCAGGCUCAGCUGGAGGAGGAAGUUAGGGGCCGUGAGGAGCGCAAAGAGGAGAUGGCGGUCUUAGAGCGACGUUGUGCUCUGCUGGUCAGCGAUAGCGAAGAGACUCGCUCUGCCCUGGAGAGCACAGAGAGGACUCGCAAAACCUUGGAAGUGGAGCUGCAGGAUGCCAAUGAAAAAUGUAGUGACCUCAACAACCAGUUCCAGUCGGCUCUGAGUGGAAAGAGGAAGCUGGAGGUGGAUCUCCAAACUCUGCAGCAGGAGCACGAGGAGCUCCAAGCAGAGAUGAGAGGAUCCUUGGAAAAGGCCAAGAAGACCAGUUGUGAGUUGGCCAGAGUGGGGGAGGAGUACCGCCUGGAGCAAGAGCACGUGCUCCAUCUGGAAAGGGUAAAGAAAGGUCUGGAGGGCCAAGUGAAAGAUAUGAGCAGCAGACUGGAUGAGGCCGAGCAGAUGGCUCUGAAAGGUGGCAAGAAGAUCAUCCAGAAGUUGGAAGCGAAGGUGAAGGAGCUGGAAUUGGAGCUGGAGUCAGAGCAGAAGCGGCACGCUGAGACCGUGAAAACGCUGAGGAAGAACGAGCGGCGUCUCAAGGAGCUUUUAUUCCAGUCCGAAGAGGACCAGAAAAACCAGCAGAGAAUGCAGGAGCUGGUUGAGAGGCUGCAGAACAAGAUGAAGGCCUACAAGAGACAAGUAGAAGAUGCUGAGGAGCAAGCGAACAUGAACUUGGCAAAGUACAGGAAGACGGUCCAUGAGUUGGAUGACGCCGAAGAGAGAGCAGACAUUGCUGAGUCAGCACUCACAAAGAUAAGGACCAAGAACAGAGGAAGCUUCAGCAAAGGAUAUUCCUCCGGUUACAGCACACCGUACCCCGGCAUGGCGCGGUCCCCCAGCUCCGUGGGCUCGGAGGGUCGAGGAGAGAAGAUCCUCAACGAUGACAAUGAGUCGGUUAGCUCCCUCAUCCCGACUUAUCUCAACUCUCUCAAGAAGCUGAUGAUUGACUAGAUCCAGCCCAGGUUGUCGGACGCCAUUUACAGCGUGAAGUACUCAAACCUAUCAUGCAUGAAGAGACUUUGAGGGACUUACGUGUUUCUACUUCACAUCUUAACAAAAUUAGCGCAUUCUUCCAGCCGUAGUGUAAAAAAAAAAAAAAAUCCCACUUUUAUUAACACUUUAUCUAACACAAUUGUUGUCACAUCUAUAAACAGACUGAGUGUAGUCAGACCAUAUUUCUUCAGGUAGCAGUCUACACUUUUAAUUAACUACAGCAUGUGUCCUUUCAAUUAGAUUAAUAAACACCUGGUGCUCUCUAAAUGCACCCGGAAAGUAUUCACAGCGCUUCACUUUUUCCACAUUUUGUUAUGUUACAGCCUUAUUUCUAAAUGGCGUACAUGUAUUAUGGUCCUCAAAAUUCUACACACAAUACCCUAUAAUGACAACGUGACACAGUCUUUGUUUUAUUUGUAAAUUUAUGAAAAGUUGAAAACUAAAUUUACAUAAGUAUUCACAGCCUUUGCUAAAUACUUUGUUGAUGCAAAUUUGGCAGCAAUUACAGCCUCAAGUCUUUGAUUACGAUGCCACAAGCUUGGCACACCUGUCUUUGGGCAGUUUCUCCCAUUCCUCUUUGCAGCACCUCUCAAGAUCCAUCAUCCAGGAUGUCUCUGUACAUUACUGCAUUCAUCUUUCACUCUAUCCUAACUAGUCUCCUAGUUCUUGCAACUGAAUACCAUUCCCAUAGCAUAAUCCUGCCACCACCAUGCUUCACUGUAGGGAUGGUAUUGGGCUCCUGAUGAGGGGUGCCUAGCUUCCUCCAAACAUGACGCCUGGCAUUCACGCCAACGACUUCAAUCUUUGUCUCAUCAGACCAGAGAAUUUUGUUUCUCCUGGUCUGAGAGUCUUUCAGGUGCAUUUUGACAAACUUUUGACAAAGCAAUGGCUUCCUUCUGGCCACUAGACCAAACAGGCCUGAUUGGUUGAUUGCUGCAGAGAUGGUUGUCCUUCUGGAAGGCUCCUCUCUCUACAGGUAAAUGCUGUAGCUCUGACAGAGUGACCAUCGGGUUCUCGGUCACCUCCUCGACUAGACUAAGAUGAAUGCAACAUUGUAUAAAGACAUCCUGGGGGAAAACCAAUGCUUCUCAUCCAACCUGAUAGAGCUUGAGACAUUCUCCAAAAAGGAAUAAGAAAAAACUGUUGAAAGAUAGGUGUGCCAAGCUUAUGGCAUCGUAUUCAAAAAGACUUGAGGCUGUAAUUGCUGCCAAAGGUGCAUCAACAAAGUAUUGAACGAAGGCUGUGAAUACUCAUGUACAUGUGAUUUUUAUUUUAAUACAUUUGCAAAAUAAAAAUAAAUUCAUAUUGUCAUUAUGGGGUAUUGUGUGUAGAAUUUUGAGGAGAAUAAUAGAUGUAUGCCAUUUUGAAAUAGGGCUGUAACAUAAGAAAAUGUGGAAAAGUGAAGCGCUGUGAUACUUUGCGGCUGCGCAGUAAAUGACCUCUGACUUCUACAUGGCGAUGAAAGCUGGCACUUCACAACAACUAUGAGCAGUGUUGUUUAGUACUGACAUGAUUCUACAAUCAGUCACUUCAAAAGGGUAAUAACAUGUUACAACUGACUUGUGUAGCCAACACCAACAUGAUGUUAUUUUAGUUGGAGGGCUCAAAACUAGGCACCCACCUUGGUGCAACGUGAUGAUUUCGGACUGAAAAGUUAUUAUUCUGCAUGGUCAUUUGUUGAAAUGUCACAUAUUUUUGGACUAAAUAUAUUAAUACUAAUAGAAUUACAGUUAGAUUCAAACUCCAGCGUUUUUUUUGACCGAUGUGAAUGUUUGACUGAGAAGAAUCUGACUCGAAAGUUUGAACAGUUGCCACCAAGCGUGUUAUUUAGGUCAAUAUAUUUUAAGCAAUUUCUGUCUAACUUUUUACAUAUAUUUCUCGUUACUGCCUUUGAUUGUACAAAAGGUUGACUAAACCAUUUUAUUGUUGAACUUGAACAUUUUUUUUUUUGGAAAUAAAACUUAUAGGAUUUC